AUGGAUGUCACAUCCCUUUACACCAACAUUCCGCAUGACGAAGGUAUUGCAGCCUGUAAAGAGGUGUGGGACGCUAGAGAGGUUCAGAUCCCUUCAACUGAAUCUCUCACCAAGCUCCUAGAGCAUGUUCUAAAAUUCAAUAAUUUUAUGUUCAAUGGAGAACACUACCUUCAAGUCAGUGGCACUGCUAUGGGCACCAAAAUGGUACCAUCUUAUGCCAAUAUAUUCAUGGGUAAUCUAGAGCGCAACCUACUAACACAGUCACCCUUCAAACCUCUUAGUUGGUUGCGCUUUAUAGACGACAUGGAAAUGAAGUGGGUUGACAACAGAAACAACCUCGAUGAUUUUAUUACCUUUGUCAAUUCUUUCCAUCAUUCUAUCAAAUUUACGACUGAAAUUUCCUCAUUCAACAACACGUUUCUUGACACUACUUCAACUUUAGUCGAUGGUAAACUCGAUUUCAAUCUUCAUACUAAACCUACAGAUUCCCACCUCUAUUUAAUGACGUCUAGCUGCCACCCACCUCAUACGUUUAGAGGCAUACCAAAAGGCCUAGCCACCAGAGUCAGACGUAUUUGUUCAACUCAAGAACUAUACACUGAGCAAAGUCAACUCCUAAAAUCCCACUUAUGUGCCAGGGGCUACAGCUCGCACUCUGUACAAAAUGCAAUUGAUGAUUUAGCUAAAGAGGAUCGUUUAUCCCUUCUGAAAUAUAAACCCAAAAACGAAGACAACAAGGUCCCAUUUGUCACUACUUACCACCCUGUCCUUAGGGGCCUAAAUGCAGUCCUAAAGAAGAACCUGCCAAUCCUUUACAGCAAUGAUAAAAUGGUUGAGGUUUUCAAAAAGGACAUGGUGGUAAGAACCAAACUAAAUAACCCUCUGCCUAAUGGUGGCUUUAGAACUUGUUCUGACACCAGAUGUCUGUUGUGCAAACACAGCUCUGAUCGAUGCAGACGACUUCUCUAG